GCGUUGGAUUAGUCUCAAUAUCUUCAGAUCUCAAUAUCGUAGGUAUCUUCUAAUUUGAAACAUUUCUGGAUACCUUAUCCUUGAACCCGAAGAACAUCUCUGGAAAAAAAAACAACGGAAAUGCCCUUUGUCAGAGCUGUGACUAAGGCCACAGGACAGGUCCUCCUGACUACAGGGUGUGGCUGUGAACCUUUCUCUGCGUCUGCACGGAGCAUAAGUAUCUCACCACGUCAGGUCAUGUCUGAUGCCAGCUUUCACUCAGUGUCCUUCUCUGAGGCUGACCAUCCCAAGGUUCUCAUCACUGGGGGACUGGGACAGCUGGGUGUAGGCCUAGCCAAGCUCCUUCGGAAGCGAUUUGGAAAGAACAAUGUAAUUCUUUCUGAUAUCAGAAAGCCCCCAAAUCAUGUUUACCACAGUGGUCCCUUUAUGUAUUCUGAUGUACUGGACUACAAGAAUUUACGUGAGAUUGUUGUGAACAAUCGUAUAACGUGGAUAGUGCACUACAGCGCCCUCCUGAGUGCAGUUGGCGAAGCAAACGUGACUCUUGCUCGUGAUGUCAACAUCACCGGACUGCACAAUGUCUUGGACGUUGCGGCAGAACAUGGUGUCCGGCUCUUCAUCCCCAGCACCAUUGGUGCCUUUGGCCCCACAUCUCCGCGUGACUCCACCCCGGACCUGUGCAUUCAGCGCCCACGAACCAUUUACGGGGUGUCCAAGGUUCAUGCUGAGCUGAUGGGAGAGUAUUACCACCACAGAUAUGGCCUUGACUUCCGUUGUCUCAGGUAUCCAGGCAUCAUUUCAGCAGACUCACAGCCUGGAGGAGGAACCACAGACUAUGCUGUCCAGAUGUUUCACGAUGCCGUGAAAACUGGGAAGUUUGUGUGUAACCUGAAACCUGACACGCGCCUGCCCAUGAUGUUCAUUGAUGACUGUCUGCGAGCCACCCUGGAGGUGAUGGACAUCCCUGCUGAGAUGCUAACCAUGCGUACCUACAACAUCAAUGCCAUGAGCUUCAGUCCCGAGGAGCUGGCCUGCGAGGUGCAGAAACACAUGCCUGACCUGCAGAUUACUUAUGACAUCGACCCAGUCAGACAGGCCAUCGCUGACAGUUGGCCUAAGAAAUUUGAAGACAACAAUGCAAGGAAAGACUGGGGUUGGAAGCAUGAAUAUAACUUGCCAGAACUUGUCCAGGCAAUGCUAAACUUCAUUAGCUUGGACUCAAGAGCAGCAAAUGCUAACUGAACGCUUUUACCUAGCCUUUUCAUAGUUGCAUAUUGGUUAAAAAUAUAUGUAUUCUCAGGUAUACUGGACAUUAUGGAAAGUAGCCUGUCUCUAAAGUGCACCAGGUAGAUCCAACCAUAGGAAAAGCAUACAGCUGUUAGCUGCUCAUCAUACUGUUUUGUGAAGCCUGUAGGGAUGGGUACUGAAUUCCAGCACAGUAGUUUCAGGGUCCUUUAAAACUCAGGCCCCAUCUUUGUAACACUGAUUUAUGGACAGUGUAUUCAAGUUGGCCAUUUUUCAUGCAAGUGCUAGUUGGUGAGAAAAAAGCAGAAAAAAUAACAAGACCGUUCAAAGAAAACUGAGGAGACAAGCAUGUUACAGAACCCCACAUGCACACAAAGUCCUGCAUGCAGCCAUUUUUCAUGAACUUGUUUUACCUGUUAAGACUGUCGCUACAAUCUUAACAUUGUUAAGCCUUGAGGUUCAGCGUAAAUAACACAAAAUAGACUGGAACUGCUUUGUUUUGACAAUGCAUAAAACAAGUGGAACAAAAUACAAACCACAAACGAAACCUAUUGAUGCCACCUUGGGAGAUCCACCUUCUUUAUAGAGCAGUCAGGGUUUGCUUGAUGCAUUCACAUCAGAAAGAAGAAAAUCACCAGCCCAAGACCCCUUGAAACUCUGAAACAGCCCAUGUGAAAACGCCAAUAAUUACACUGGAUUUGUCGCAUGCAAUCCCCCCUAUCCAAAUGUUUUCAGAAUUUCAAUAUCACCCAUAGGUUUUUGUUUGCGUGUUUUGUUUUUUUAAAAUACUUGAAUAUGAUUACGUGUAGUAUGGAAAAGCAGAACCAAGAAAAGUGGAGACUCUAUGUUAACAGAUUACUGCUAGACACAGAAGAAGGAUGUUCCUGAGGCCAAAAAUGCAAAAAAUCAUACACCUGUACAUUUUAGACUUUUGGGAUAUUGUGUGGUACUGAGAUGUGCAGCGAAGGAGUGCCCCAGUGAUAUUCCACCUCAAUAAACAACAUAAGCCUGCAGUCAUUCCCAAGUGAUUGUGAGACUGUGUAUUCCAAUGUUUCUUAGGUAUUCUAUGAAGGAAUUCUGCUGCACCACAGCUUUUUAGACCUAUUUAGACCUGUCCUGGCUGACACCUCACAAAGGGCUUGUUUAUUACCUGAUGAGUUGAAAAACUGAUGUGUUGGUGUGUGUGUGAAAAGAAAUAACUCUUAAAAUACGCCAGCUCUACGGCCAAGAUUAGCGUGCACAAUUCCUGGCUGUGGUAAAGAAAUCCUUAGUUUAUAAAUCUUGAGAAACUGAAAUAUGAAACCUUUAAAUGGUACCCAUUCCUGGUCUGAAUGCUGAGGUCGAAAAGGAAAGAUGUUAUUGAUUUGUGUUAUUUUAUUUGUUUUAUGUUCCAUUUUCUCAAUUAACAAAGAUAAGGUCAUAUGCAUGGGUUUGUUAGUGUAGACCUAAUAUUUACCACACCCUUUCCACAAAAGGUAUCCUUAAAUACUUGACAUUUUAUAGUUACUUGAUAUUUUUGUGUCAUCUUUGUACAGUUAUUUUGGUAUAUUUUUUCAGGUUAAUGUUUUACAAAAGCAUUGUUUUUGUGGAGUUGUUAUUAACGCACACUUGUGACAUUUUGCUAUUACCUGUUUGCUAUUUAUUACAACAUAUGUAUGCAUUAUUGAAAGACUAUAUGUCUUUUAGCUUUAUCAAAUGCACUUGCUUACAGUUUUGCACAACUCUGUCCCAGGUAAACACUUUAGAUAAGGACCACUCCUUGUCUAUAGAUGUGAUUUACAGUAUAUUUUUCUAAAACAGAAUGAUGUCUUUUCUGUUUAUUUCUGUUAGUCAUUAAAGAUUUUGCCUUAUAUAUUAUGUAA